GUGACAGUGCGCUGCCUGUAGUCAGUGACUGAGCCGUGCAGGUCACUACACGAGAGAACAUCGUCAACAUGGACUUAUCAGUGAUUAUCAAUGUCUUCCUGCUGUGCUUCAGUGUCCCCACAGCGCUCCUGAGGACCUUCCCGGUGUAUCAAGAUUGUACAGAUGAAGGGGUAGAAUGUGUCUACGAGUAUCAAUGUUCUCCCGACUACAAGUCUGCUUUGAAUGCGAGUUGUCAGGAGGGGAAGGUCUGCUGUAAGGUGGACCAACCACAACCUCACCUGACAACUCACAGCCCUCUCCAGAACCAUUCCAAGGCAGGCCAUCGACCGAAAGCUUUAUUCCUUACCCCAGAAAAAGGCAGCGGUUUGUCCAACUCUUUGUCACAUAACUUUGAGUACUCUGUGGACAAAAAACCUGAAGAUGGGUUAGAUACGAGAAUAGUCAAUGUGGAACUUUUAAAUAACAGCUUGGUCAAUCCUUCCAUCACUCCCACUAAAGAGACGUCCAGUGAGCCGGAGGAAGAUAGUAUCAUCAUAUUCCCAGAUGAGAGCGAAGAAGAUGAUGAUGAAGCUAUCAGACGCAUAAAAAAGCUCUACCAAAUUUAUGCAAUGGAAUUUAAGAAAUACAAUUUAAAAAAUUCGGGCGAGUUUCCAAAAAGGAGACAGAAAUAUGCCGCUGGCUUCAGAAGUGCCAAAUAUUGCAGGCUGUAUGAAAAGUUUAUAGUUGACAACUCCCUGUUGGCCAUCCCUCUGCUGCCCUCCUUGUUCCCAAUCAUGAUGCAGAAGAACCACUGUUCAAAACCACUGCCUCUCAUUGUCGGCGGAAUAAACGCUUCAAGGGGAGAAUUCCCACACAUGGCAGCAUUGGGUUAUGACCGAGGAGAGUGGAUAGACUUCCUAUGUGGAGGUUCAUUGAUCAGUGAGAGAUACGUUCUGACAGCUGCGCACUGCGCUCAUUCCAAGUGGGGUCCACCGAUAAUUGUGCGGCUCGGAACACUGAAUCUGAUCGCUGACGUGGGGCAGAACAUGGAUGUAGAGGAAGUGAUCGUCCACCCAGACUACUCGGAGCCGAGCUGUUACAAUGACAUCGCCUUGGUCCGCAUGAUACCAGGACUGAAGAUGAGCAAGACACUACGGCCUGCUUGUCUUCCUGCCCCCACUACCUUAGCUGGAGACCCUGGAAACCACCUGAUGGCCACUGGGUGGGGACGCACCGGAUACGGUCUGUUUUCAAGUCCAAACCUCCAGAAGGUGUCCUUGGAAGUGAUGGACAACCGGACGUGUGACAGCGUGUUCCUGGGCGGCCGCCGCACUGAACGUCUCCCCACAGGCCUGCACAGCACCAUGUUGUGUGCUGCCGGAUACUUGGAUUCUUCCCACGACACAUGUCAAGGUGAUUCAGGAGGCCCUCUACAAGCAUUGAGUCGGCACAGCAAGUGUAUGUACGAAGUGAUCGGCAUCACAUCCUUCGGCAAGCUCUGCGGCACAGGACUCCCCGCCAUCUACACCAGGGUCUCUAUGUACAUCGAGUGGAUCGAAGACAUCGUGUGGCCCUCAUAGACCUCACCUCAGAUGUACCUCAUAGGGGUGUUUGAAUUAAAUGUGAUAUUGUACAGUCAUAACUCUUAUCGCUAGUAAGUCACUGACUUGCUACGUAAGGUUUACUGACUUAGUUAGAAUCUUGUACAACUUGUGAAUUGAAUGUUGUAAAUGAUCAUACUAGUUUUGGAGUUCUAGUAGUUUACAUAUAUUUGACGGUGCAUUUAG